AUGACGUCGGGAUCUCGGCUGCCGACAUGGAAGGAGAGGGAGAACAACAAGAGGAGGGAGAGGCGGCGGAGGGCCAUCGCCGCAAAGAUCUACGGCGGGCUGCGGAUGUAUGGGAACUACAAUCUCCCCAAGCACUGCGACAACAACGAAGUGCUCAAGGCCCUGUGCGCCGAGGCCGGCUGGACGGUCGAGGCCGACGGCACAACAUAUCGCGAGGUAAACCCUAUCCCUACUUCAUCCCUCUUCUUCCCUGAGCAGCACUCUGCCAGAUCGCUUCCAUGUUUUUCCUAGUUGCAUCGUUUACGUGAGAUGAAUGAGAAAGGAAAUGGCUAUAAUCUUGCCGGGAUCUUCAUCGCAUAUGGCUUCGCACAGGGCCAUGAGCUGUGCCAAUUUUCUUCCUCAUAAGUCUAUCUGCAACAACGUCUUGAGCGGGCGAUUUCGCGAUUUCCCGUCGGCCUUUUUCUACUCGCGUUUUCCCCGUUUAUCGCCCUCAUCUUUCCUGUGAAAUUUCUUCCCCGCUUUUAGUUCAUCAGAUUCCCCGGGGGUUUGGAUUUCUAGAUGGUCUUCCCGCCGCUAUUUGAAAAGAGAGCGGGGACCGGCGAAAGCAGGCCAGAGGAGAAGCCCUUUUGUCAGUGCUUUUUCCAGUGCGGCAAGAGGCCGCCGGGGUUUCUGUGCUUCCUUUUCUUCUUCUUCCUCCUUUUUCUUCCUCCCGGCCAUUACUAGGGAACAGGUAAAGCGACGGCCACGUGAACGGUAAUUGAUGUCCGUGCAGAGGCACCGGAUGAGGCAUCUCUUCUUUUUCUGUUUUCCCUUUUAGUCUCUCUCUCUUUCUCUCUCACCCCCGGGGCUCCUCCCUCCGAUGUCUCCCGUGAAUCUAAGAACCCUUUAUUCCUUAAAUAUUGUUCGAUUACAUUCCUCUGAGAAAAUCCAUCUGGUUUCUGCGUCACUCAUCUCGGUUUCCAUGUGAUUUCUUCGCUUUAUUUCCUGUUCGAUGAGGUUGAUUAUUGUUAAUUCCUGUGUGAUAAGCUUACUUCGGAUAAGCUCACUGCUUGAAGAGCCGAAUUCAUAUUGUCCGAAUUCAUAUUCCUCCUUUCUACCUCCAUUUUGAUCAGAUUAAUUUGAUGAAAUUUCAGGCAAUUUCUUCAAUUGGUUUCUCCAGUUUGAGCAUAGUAUACAGCCGUGAAUUGGAGUGGGUUUUUCUAAGAAACACUGUUCUUCCCUUCCCUACCUGAAGAACCGAAUUCGCAAUAUCUAUUCUGGUUUCUGCUCUGUAAAUUUUCAUUUUUAUUUCCAUCUUGAUUGAGUUAAUUCGAUAAGAUUACUUGACAUUUAAAGCCUCAUCAUCAUCAUCACUAUGAUUUAUGUUCCAGGGACGCAAGCCAACGGGGAACACAGUGGCUUGCUCCACCUCGCCUAGUCCCUGCUCGUCCUCCUACCAGCCGAGCCCGGCCUCCUCCUACGACGCAGACGCCAACUCCCUGAUACCGUGGCUGAGGAACCUCUCCUCCGCCUCCUCCUCCUCCUCCUCCGCCGCCGCCGCCGCCACCUCCAGGGCGGCGCUCCGCCACCAUCUCUUCAUCCACGGUGGAUCCAUCAGUGCGCCGGUGACCCCUCCGAUCAGCUCCCCGACCGCCCGCUCGCCGAGGAUGAAGAUGGAGUGGGACUGCCCCUCCGCGCCGCCGCCAUGGGCAGCGCCGCCAGGCGGCGGUGGUGCCCCGUCGUCCUCGACCUUCAGCCUCGUCUCCUCUCAUAACCCUUUCAGGUUCUUCGGCGGCGGCGAUGCCACCCCUGGAGGAGGAGCCGACAUCGCCAUGGCGGAGGCUGUGGGCGAGUUCGCAUUUGGAGGAGAAGGGGAGGGGGUGGUGAAGGCGUGGGAGGGGGAGAGGAUCCACGCGGAGUGCCUUGCAGAGGAUCUGGAGCUGACUCUCGGCAAUUCGAGGACGAGGCGUGAUUCUUGA